AUGAAUGCCCCCAGCGGGACGCGAACCCGCGACUGCUGGCACAAGAAAGGAGAUUUGUUUUGGUCCACCACCUUCGUGGUGGCGUAUCGGCGAUGCGGCGUUGUCUCACUUCGGGGCGCGCUUCGAUCGGAGCGCGGGGCGAAGGCGCCGUUAGUCAGUCGGCCGCGCAGCUCGGUGCGCGACGUUCGUGCGCGAGGCCCCGUCGCUCUGCCCUCCCUCCCCCCUCCCCCGCGCCCCAACGCCGCCGUGCACACCCGCCCGCCCGCCAGCGCGCGCGAGCGAGACGACCGCGCCGCGACAGAGACGGGAGAUAUGGCGGUGUCGCAACCUCGCCCACCUGACCGUGUUGACGCCGCGCUCGAAAAAGUUGCGCCGUUGCGCUAUUUGAAGGCGCACGAAUAUACGAGCACGGUGACGCGUUAUCACAAACCCUUGUCU